AUGGGUUUCAUACGAUCAGCUCUCACAGCAUCAUUGCUGAUUGCCAGCAAUGCUGCUGCCUUGGACCCUAUCAUCAUGAAGGGAAACAAAUUCUUCACCAAGAAAGGCGACCAAUUCUUCAUCAAGGGCGUUGCCUACCAACAAGAGGCUGGUGGCGGGCCCGGAGGCAGCACCGACUCCAAGACUAAGUACGUGGAUCCUCUGGCCGACGAGAAGACUUGCGAGCGUGAUGUGCCGUUACUCGAGAAGUUGGGAGUGAACACCAUCCGAACAUACGCCAUCGACCCUAAGGCCGACCACAGCGCGUGUAUGGCUCUGCUAGAGAAGGCCGGUAUCUACGUCGUUGCCGACUUGGGUGAACCUGCUCUCUCCAUCAACCGUGAAUCCCCCGCUUGGAAUGUCGACUUGUUCGAUCGCUACAAGGGCGUCGUCGACAACCUUGGAAAGUACGACAAUGUCAUUGGUUUCUUCUCCGGAAACGAAGUUACCAACAACAACACUAACACCGGUGCUUCGGCCUACGUCAAGGCUGCUACCCGUGAUGUUAAGAAGUACAUCUCCGACAAGACAGCUAAGGGUGGGCGAUGGAUGGGUGUUGGCUAUGCCGCGAACGACGACGCCGAUAUUCGUGCUAACAUGGCCCAAUACUUCAACUGUGGUGAACAGGAGAGUGCUAUUGAUUUCUGGGGUUACAACAUCUACUCCUGGUGUGGCAAGAGCAGCUUCACCGAGUCCGGCUACGAUGUACAGGUUAAGUUCUUCUCGAACUUCUCUGUUCCCGUCUUCUUCGCCGAGUAUGGUUGCAACACUGUUAACGGUGCCGAAGGCCGUCUCUGGGAUGAUACCACUGCCAUCUACUCUAACCAGAUGACCGGCGUCUUCAGCGGUGGUAUCGUCUACAUGUUCCACGAGGAAGAGAACGACUAUGGUCUUGUCAAGGUUAAGGGCGACACUGCGACUCCCAUGAAGAACUACAAGGUUUUGCAGUCGAAGCUUGCUGAUGUCAAGCCUUCGUCCACCUCUAUGGCUGCUUUCGACCCUACCAACUCUCCUGCUGCCUGCCCGGGCAUCUCCAAGAACUGGAAGGCCGCAGAGGCUCUCCCUCCUACCCCUGACAGCUCCCUUUGCGACUGCAUGUACAAGUCCCUCUCUUGUGUUCCUUCCGAUGAUCUCGACGAGAAGGACUUUGGCGACAUCUUCGGUUACAUCUGCGAGAACGAUGCGGAUGCUUGUGCUGGUAUCAAGCAUGAUACUGAGAGCGGUGUCUAUGGCCCUUACGGCAUGUGCAAUGCUAAGGAGCAGCUCGGACACGUCCUCAAUGCUUACUACACCAACCAGAACAGCGCGUCCACUGCUUGCAGCUUCAAGGGUGCCGCUCAGAUUGUUGAUGGUACUAAGGACUCUACGUGUGAGGCUUCUUUGGCCAAGGCUAGCUCUGCUAUCGCCGUCGCUGCUACCGCUACAGCAGGUUCCGCCAGCUCCUCUUCUACCGGUGAGAGCAGUGAGAACGCUGCUGCACCUGCAUCCGUCCGUAUGACUCCUCUUAUGACCAUGGGCGAUAUGGUUGUUAGCCUGUAUGUGUUGGUGGCCAUGGGCGUUGGUGCUGGUAUGGUUAUGCUAUAG